AGUUCGACCUGGGAGAGAUGAUGUAGGCUAGGCUACAUGCAGAUCGAGGCCAUCUCUUCUAUUCCCAACAUUGAGUUGCGAGCACUCGAUUGCACCGCUGCUCCUACCGAUUGUCCUAGCGAUCAACGCAAAUAUCCGAUUCUUCAAAGCGGACGUAAAGUGGAUGAGACUGUGGAGAUCUAUACCAAUGGCAAUAACUCAAAGGUCCAGUUUGCAAUGAAGGCUUUCAAGUUUAUCGGCCUCCAUGACCAGGUGUUCAUCACCUGCUCCACCAUGCUCUGUAAGGCCGGCACACAGGGCAGCACGUGCCCUCAGGGCUGUCCUUCAUCACGUCACGUUUUUCCCCACCGAGGAGCAUUCUCUCCUGCCUGUUGGCCAGGUUACCUACCUCACUGAGCACCAUAGGCGCAGCAGGGAUGCCCUCCUCGAGACCUCACGUCACUUCAUCUCCCAGGGUCCCGUGCGUCUUAGGCCCCAGUGAAGUGUGCCCGAUCAAGGUAAUGUAGCCAGAGACCACUUGACCAGUGAUACGAA